AUGAAUAUGUCACGACAGCUCCUCAAUUCGACAACUGCUCUGAAUUCUCUUUUCAUUCGCGGCUAUGCCACUGUGUGCAGCCCCCAGCAGCGGGCUACGCAGCCGGCUGCCCCUCCAAAGCCUGUACUUGCGCAAACCCUUUUGGCUGAUAUCAGCAGCAGAGCAGCAGCACUAGCAGCCAGUGAUAGCUGGUCAACAGACAACGAACGACAGAUGGUUACGGUGCUAGAAACAUGCCAGCAGCUACUUGGAAAUGCCCACACUUCUGCCGAGACCCAGCAGCUGUGCCAGGUCGCCGACCAGCUGGGCCAAAAGAUCAUCAUGGGCAAGAGCAAGAGCAGUCUAUCGCUGCUGCCGUUUACGCGAUACCUCGAGUUCUACGCGCAGCUGGGUCGACCAGAUAUUACACAGCUGGCCUUUAGCCGGAUCCGGCGGCAAUGGCGGCAGCCGUCGAUCUCAGUAUACUCAGCGCAGCAGCGCGCACUGCUCAGGUUCGCAGCAGACCGUGCCAGCGGUCUGCAGCUCCUGGCCUGCACAAUAUCGCACGAAACUCCAGCACUAGCUGCGCAGUCUGUCGAGAGUCGGCUGAUAGAGACCUCUGUGAGGCAGAUUGUCGAGGACGCGUUGGCAUGGGAACGCCGGACUCGUCGACUGGUUAAGGUAUUUGAGUAUGGAUCGUACUCGGCCCUGGCAAUGCUGAUUGCCAAGUGGGCAUGGAUUGGAAACAGCGUAGUACUCGCAGGCAUGGGAGUCGUACCCAAAGCAGUGGCCUCAGCAGCUGUGCUGGGAGUUUCAGCCGCAAUAGUCCGUAUGGCUGUCAAGCACUCGGUGAUGGGAUCGCUAACUGUGCCGGCGCUGGCCGAGACUACUGCACCGCAUACAGCCAAUACAGUACAGGCACAGGAUGGCGAAUCGGAGGCGCGGCGGAUUCUGAGUCGCGCAUUCCCUGCAUCACCGUCAGACGAAGCCAUGAUGGAGAUCAGCGAGAUUCUGAAGACUGCAAAGGCAACGAGGUCGCAGGCUAUGUCGUGGAAGCUGCGCCUGGCCUUAAUGUGGAGUCGGUUUGCAAGACGGUUCGCUAUCGUUGAACCGGUGCUGAUGAGCGAUCGGGCGCUUACGCAGAGGCUUUGUGUGCUGUGGGCACGCAACAUCACGCAAAUGGUACCUUCGGACGUUAAGACUGGCGAUUUAGCCACUGAGGCGGUGUGCUCGGAGGCGCUUUUGGAAUGGAUCGCAUUUGUCGAGCGAGAGAAUGGCGAAUCGCCGCUGGUACUAGGCCAUGACGGGAUCGUCGAUAGUGCACGGUUCGCUGCUAGACAUACUGAUGCCAACACGAUCAAGCGAUUCCUGGAGUUUUCAUUUUCUGGCGCACUGUCCUUAAUGCGUGGCCUGGAUUCUGGCAGUUCGACACAUUUGGACGAGCAGUCGAUGAACCAGGCAGGGAGUGUGGUUACAGUGGCAGACAGUCGUGUAGCAAUGAACGCCGCCGACAACCCUGCUCACCGAACUGCCGCUACGAUCCUUGUAUCAAUAACUAUCGUCAACCAACUUCUCAAUCAGGCACGCGAGUCCCGUGGACCAACAGACCCAGCAUCGUGCGGAAAGUUAUUUGUUGCGCUCAACACCGUACUAGCAUCAGAAAGCUGCCCAAUUCCGGUCUCGCUCUAUUAUGCCGCGUUUCGCGCAGCUGCUGUGCUCAAUGAUACAGUGCUGUCUGACAGAUUGGCGCAACGGUUUAGAGACAGUUUUGUAAAGGGCGAUCCAUAUAUUGCCAAGGCCGUACGAAGCGACCGUGAUUCUACUGCUAUGGGCUGGCGGCUCGGCAGUGCGGCUCCGACAAGCGUUCCGCCUAUAGUGCGCUGUGUUUCGCCUUACCUAUCUAUGCUCGCACAACAGGACGUGACCAGCAACACUAGGCAAGAUGCAGUAUGCGAACUCGUUAAGAGCUGGAAAAGAAUUGGCCUGCUUGACCACGCAGCAGCAACGAUGGCCUUGGUUACCGCUGUAAAAGGGAUAGAUACGACCCAAGCACAUCCUAUGCUUGUGCCAACUGUCCAGCGGUGGAUGGAUCUCGGGCAGACCAUCUUUUCCGGUGUUCCACAAGGUACAUCCACAACCGACAAGGUCCGCGAAGCAGAGUGCGCUCGUGCACUCUAUUACCUCGCUACCCGCGUAAUGGAGCUUGGAACCACAAUUGGGCAUUUGGAGCUUGGCUUCCAGGCCCACAGCAUCGCAUCGGAGUCGAUCAAGCAGCGCUCGUAUUUAGAGACAUUUGCGCCGUCUGACUACAAUGAGCAGUCGAUUCGCGUGUUUUCGAGUAUGGCUGAGCAGCACGCGCCGAGCGAGCAGUCACAGGUUUGUGUGCAUAUGGCUAUAUCAGUACUGGAUCAGAUGCGCACACUUGGACAGACCCCGCAGUGGCAAACAUUUGAUGCGCUGUGUGUGGCUGCAGCAAAAUCAUAUGUAGACAUUGAGAAGCAGGUGUCGGUUUGGACCAAGCUUAUCAAGGAUCGAGCGCAGGCGAAGAAGCUCAGCAACUUUGCAAAAUCUUUGUAACCAUAUGCCCAUGGAUACCAUGGCAAUAGUUCUGCUAGUUGAACCAGGCUAGCCAUAAACAACCCAAGAGUAUCAACACUAUUUCAACCUUUAUACCAUCUCAAUCGCCCACGAAGCAUUAUACCAUGCGGUUUACAUACAUGACGAUGGUUGCACAAGUGGGGACGGUUUAAGAAUGCUGGGCGAGAGAGACUUGAUGCUACCUGAAACGCGCGUACUGGUGGCAGACGGAUCCUAGCGCAGCCACGGAGCGGGCCAAUAAAUACGGCUGGCUAGACUGACCUCCAUAGGAUACACGCUCAAUCGUCAUCUCCACUCCUGGCCAAUAUAUUUUCGUG